AUGAGAGUGCAGUCAGAAAGCAUCAUGUUCCUCUGGAUUGCCCUAUUUCUCUUUGGGAUCGUUCUCCUCCAGCUGAUCUUCCUCAAAAUUGACUGUGAUCCCUCACUUUACUUCUACAAGUACUUCGGGAAAUCACCAGAGGCGCUAAGGGGGAAGGUGGUAUGGAUAACUGGCGCCGGGUCGGGGAUCGGGAGGGAGCUGGCCGUCUCCUUGGCCAAAGUCGGGGCCAAGCUCGUCCUGCACAGCCUCAAAGCCUCGAAUCUCGACUCCGUCAAAGAGCUCUGCCUCCAGAAUGCCAAAGGUUCCCUGAAAGAUGAAGAUAUCCUCCUCAUUUACGGUGACGUCGCCAAUUGCGAGAUGCACGAAAAAUGGGUGGAGUCCGUUCUGCACCAUUUUGAGAAGGUAGAUAUCCUCAUCAACAACGCUGGGGUAUCGUCACUCCAGACGGUGUUCGAAUCCACGAGGGACGCGAUUAAAAGGUUGUUCGACGUGAACUUCCUCGGCAACAUCAUGCUAGCCAAAGCCCUCCUGCCCCAUUUCAGGCAGAGGAAGGCAGGGCACAUCGUCGCGUCAUCCAGCGUCCUUGCCAUCUUCUCCACUCCCAAGUCGUCAGCCUAUAGUGCCUCAAAGCGCGCCAUUCAAGGAUACUACGAAACCCUUCGAGUGGAGGAAGCCCGGAAUGGGACGAAAAUCACCCUCCUGUUCCCCGGCCUGGUCAAGAUCAAGCCCUCCACCAGAGGCAUCAGUGAGGAUCGGGCUCCCAUCGACAGGAGUUAUUUGAAUGCGUUCGAGAUGGACGUAGAAGUGUGCGCUGAUUGGGUCCUGAUUGCAAUCGCUAAUGAAAUGUCUGCUCCCUGCAUCGCUAAGAAAUGGAUGCUCUUCACCCUCAUAUAUCACUUCCCGUCCAUCGCCAGAUGGUUCAUGGUGGCAACAGGCGGACCGUACAUGAAGGCUCUGACAAAGAAGGAGUGACAUGCACCUUCCCUAAAUUUCUUCUUUUCCCUUUCACUGUAAUUUUUUAUGGACACCGAAACACGGGCAAAUCGGAUAUUGAAAAGACACA